AUGAGAAACAAAAGUGUUUCUCAUAAUGAGGAAUUGGGGCUCCCUCGUAAAAAACGACAUUUUCCUCUCCUUGAAGAGAUUCCUAUGUUUGAAAAGGUCACUUGGAUGGGAAAAGUGAUACAAGAUUUAUUUGUCGAAGACAAUCAACUCCCCUUUUUUGUUCUCAACAAUCUAUAUGACAUAGCAUUUGGUGCAGCUUACCCUCAUAUUCCCUUCAAGGAGCUUACUUGUAGUUUUAUAUCCUGCCCUUUUUUUCUUGGAAACGAUAGGGAACGUACCAAACUAGGUAGAGAGAAUGUAGAGAACAUAUCAGGUAUUAAACAUCUUGUGGAUUUUAUGAGGAUUCCGAGACUGGUUGUUGAAGACUCCAUGGAAGGUUUUAUUCGCAACAUCAUAUUUUAUGAACAAUCCCACCAUUAUCCUAAUGACAAUUCUUACUUUGCCGAUUAUGUAUUGUUCCUUGAUGAAUUGAUUGACACUCGUGAAGAUGUGCAAAUACUAGUUCAACAUGGAAUAAUGGAGAAUUGUGUUGGGAGUAAUGACGAUGUGGCAACUAUAGUGAACCGUCUCACUAAGUACAUAUCAAUCCGUCGUAAUUUCUACUAUUAUGAUAUAAGUCAAAGAUUGAAUGCCCAUGCUAAUGCCCAGAUGAACAGAUGGAUGGCUAUACUAAGGAAAGACUACUUCAAUCAUCCAUGGUCAAUCACUUCCGUCGUUUAUUUGGUUGUAAUUCUUAUCCUCACAGUGUUACAAGUUUAUACUGGUUUUAAGUCAUAG